CAGUCAUGCAGUCAGCCCCAUGCACAGCGUUUCUGGAUUGGGUGACGGACGCAUUUCUCCUGGACAGUGGGAUCAGCCCGAGUGCGUUCGUUUUGCCAGCUGCCCCACAACUCAAGUCACCAACCGUGACCACGAGGCAUCUUUUAAUGGAAACCCGGAGUCGAUAGGUUGCCAAUACUUUGCUGUAAACUAUUUUGUUGCGACCCAUACGGAUUACACCGACUGUUUCAAUCUUCCAUUGGAGAGGAAAAGUUUUGUCCCGGCGGAGAUAAGUGACAUUCGUCAUCGCCUCUUAGUCCCGAGCAAGACGAGAGGCGAGUAUGGGAGACGCGAACGAGAACCCUGAGCCCAUGCCGGUGGAGGAGCCCAUGCCUCGCGACUCAGAGAAAAUUGACUUGUCACUAGAUGAAAUCAUCAAAAGGAACAAGAAAGAACAGAGAGCAGAUAACAAGGCAACCAAGGCCAAAAACAAACGGCAGGCUAACAAAAACAAUGUACUUAAAAAAUUAAACAAAGUGGGACAGCAAUCAAGUCUCCUUUCCAGAAGAGGUGCCUAUCCAUUCCAAGGACCCUACAGGUCAUGGUUCGGGGGUCCAGCUUACCGAGGCUUCUACAGGAGAAGAGGAUUUGGUAUGAGCAGAGGUGCCUUCCGUGGAACAGGAGUGAGUCCUCUGAACAGGCCCGCUCUGAACACUAAGGCUGCUGGACAGUUUGGUCAGAUGAAAAUUGCAUUCAGGGGUGCUUUUUCUCGACCAUAUCGUGGGCGGGGGCAAGCUUUAGGAAGAGGAAGGAAUGCUGCACAGUUCCAGGCCAAUGGGAGAGGAGGCAGACCCUUUGUCCUAAACAGAGCAUUUCCCACUUCCAGAGGACGAGGACAACUGGAGCAAUUUCAGAAAGUCAGAGGCUGGAGGAAUGGGCCCUCUAGUGGUUCCCUAUUGACUGUGUCACUACCCAACUCAAAUUCUGCCAGCGAACCUGGAGUGCGAUCAAACCCAGGGGGUUCAUUAGACAGGUUUGCAGGUCCGUCCUCUUCCCAUCCCAAAGGCUUUCCUCUCCGGUUCAACUUCAAAGCAACAUCCAAUCAGACGGCCGUGACAUUGAACGACCGAUUCACCACCCUGAAGAUCCGGACUCAGGGUCAAAGGCCAUGGAGAGGUGAAGUCAGAGGCAGGGGCCGUGGACGAGGAACAGAAAGAGGAGGGGCAAUCAGUAGAGGAGGGGGAAUCGGAAGAGGAGGAGGAAUCGGAAGAGGAGGAGGGAGAGGAAGAGGAGGGGGAAUCGGAAGAGGAGGAGGGAGAGGAAGAGGAGAGAGAGGGAGCAGAGGAGGAGGAAGAGGUAGAGGAGUGAGAGACAAUCGUACUGUACUCCUGCAAUGAUAAGCAUGAAAAAAGGUCCCGCUCACCUGUCUACCAUACACUCUAUGGCAGGAGGAUACACAUCAUCUUCUUGAAAAUCUCCCUUUGUGUUACAGUUUUGCUAUAGUACACUUAUCAAGCAUCUGAACGUGGCAGACAACCAGAUGUUGCCAAUUAACUGUAUGUGUAGGAGUGUACAUUGAAGGUUCAGAAUGUAGCUUAUGUUGUCAAAAACAUGCUGUUGCUAUGGAGAGAGUGUGGAAAAAUGCAAAACCACAUAGAGACAUGGCUCUGGAAAAAUGUAAACAAAAGCAUAAAAAUAACUGAAACAGACAAAUGAAAAAGGUGCUUUAAGAAUAAAAGAAACAUUGGAAAACAUUAUGUUUUCACUGGCCCUUGAAGUAUUGUAGGACUAAAAUAUUUUAUUUGUAUUGUUUGACCACAAAAGCUUUAUACUGCCACAUUAAGCGAAACUACACUGAUCACCACCCUAAAACUGUUGGAAUUAAUGCUUUGAAUGUUCAAACUAUUCUGUGUCAAUUUUGACAUUAUAUUCCAUCUUGUCUAGGUUAGGGUGUCUUGUGAAAUAUUCUUCUCAGAUACGUUCAAUGCUUUGAAUGGUCAGAAUGGUUUACUGGUAAACUACACUGCAAUGGCAACAUCAGAACUGGAAGAAUUUUAUUAAAACAUUUUGAAAUUGUGUAAAUUGUGUUUUGAGUGCUUCAGAUGUUUUACUUCACAGUUGAUAUAUUUGGAGAUACCAUGUGAGGUCAUGACACUUAUCACUUCAGAUAUUGGUAGACCCUGGAGGACAGACCCAGACAGUUAUAUAGACAGUUAGGCCUAUGCCUCAUGUUGUUAACUUUGCCAACCUGUGUGAGACUGGAAGUGUUUAAACUAGCACUGUACUUGGUGGUUUUAAACAGGCAGCGGUUUGACUAAACUAGAAUUUUACUUUCUUUCAGUUUCUUUCUUUCUUUUUGAUUUGAUAUUUGAUUAAUGUAUUGUAUAUUGAUGGAAAUAAAAGUAUAAAAGUA